CAGCGGCGGAGGCCCGCCAUCAGCGGCCCGAGUGCGUGAGGGCCGGCGGCCGAAGCUGGAGGCCCCGGAGAGCUAGCCGCAGGGCGGAGGACGAGCAGGCACGCGAGCGCGGCGGGCGGGCAGCAGCGGCGGCGGCCAGGGUGAGGCAGAGGCGGUGGCCGAGAAGAUGGCGGACGGCGACAGCGGCAGUGAGCGCGGCGGCGGGGCGCCCGGCGGCUUCCAGCCCGCGUCCCGCGGCGGCGGCGGCGGCGGAGAGCAGGAGACGCAGGAGCUGGCUUCGAAGCGGCUGGACAUCCAGAACAAGCGCUUCUACCUGGAUGUGAAGCAGAACGCCAAAGGCCGCUUCCUCAAGAUCGCCGAGGUGGGCGCGGGCGGCUCCAAGAGCCGCCUCACGCUGUCCAUGGCCGUGGCUGCCGAGUUCCGCGACUCGCUGGGCGACUUCAUCGAGCACUACGCGCAGCUGGGCCCCAGCAGCCCUGAGCAGGUAGCGGCUGCGGCGGGAGCUGAGGAGGGCGGCGGGCCGCGGCGCGCGCUCAAGAGCGAGUUUCUCGUGCGCGAGAAUCGCAAGUACUACCUGGACCUCAAGGAGAACCAGCGCGGCCGCUUUCUGCGCAUUCGCCAAACGGUGACACGCGGCGGCGGACCCGGACCCGGAGGCCUGCAGAGCGGGCAGACCAUCGCGCUGCCCGCGCAGGGCCUCAUCGAGUUCCGCGACGCUCUCGCCAAGCUCAUCGACGACUACGGCGGCGAGGACGACGAGUUGGCGGGCUGCGGUGGCAGCGGCCUGUACGCGGAGCUGCCGGAGGGUACCUCCAUCACGGUGGAUUCGAAGCGCUUCUUCUUCGACGUAGGCUGCAACAAGUAUGGCGUGUUCCUGCGCGUGAGCGAGGUGAAGCCAUCCUACCGCAACGCCAUCACCGUCCCCUUCAAGGCCUGGGGCAAGUUCGGGGGUGCCUUCUGCCGGUAUGCGGAUGAGAUGAAAGAGAUCCAGGAGCGGCAGAGGGACAAGCUCUACGAGCGACGCUGCGGGGACGAGUCUGAGGGCGAGGAAGUGGAUGAGGAUUGAGACGCGCCGCAAACCCGACGGCCUUCCACCCCACCACCGUCUGCUUGGCAGAGGAGCUUCCUGCUCAUUCCUGGUGAGCGAGUGGAGGGGGGUGCACGGGAGGUCCAGAGGAAGAAACCAAAAAUUUUAAUAAUAUAGUUAAAUAGAAAUAACCGCAAGACAACAAUCACAGAUAAUUUUAGAAAAGCAGUAAAGUUCCAGAGAACUGACAGCAACCUGCAGAGAGAGAACAGCAACUUGUUGCCUGAGCAAAAGAGUCUCUCCUGUUGUUUCCCAGCUGAGGUUCCUCAACCCAUCAGGAUGACCCUGGAGGAGAUAGAGCUUUUGCGUCGUCCAGCCAAGGAACACCUCUGAACCAGCUGAGUUUGUGUUGUACUUGGGUAACCUGCUCCAGAAGCCCUCCAGACCUCACCGUUGCGGUGUCUAUCCCUUAACCUCCAUUUCCACGGAGUUCUUGAGAAGAGAGAAGCCCUUGCAGAUAUCCACUUCUGAGGAUACAAGUUCCAUGAACAGGAAUGAAAGUUUAAUCAAGAACAGGGCAAAAUAAUUUGAGAAUUCCCACAGGGGAAUACAAAAACAAACUGAAUCCAUUCUGUUUAAAAUAGUUUUGCAUGAAACCUGGACCAUGGUCCAUGUCUCUGCAGAAUGAUUUUCCUGGAUGCAAAUGGACUCAGAUGUCAGUCCUUAAGCUAGAGAUAUGUUCCUAAAGUAUUUUAAAAGUUGGCAAACAUUUUUCAAAGGUGAAAGAACAGUUUUACAUUGGUUGCUGAAGUAGGCACAGGAAGAAGUCAGGCAUAAAGCACAAGGAAAACUGUCUUGAGUGGAUUGGUUGCUGCUUACUGAAGUUCUUCCCCUGAUCUCCACAUACGGGGGUCAUUACCAAGAAAUGGCUGAGGCGCAGCAGGAGCCAGAUCCCGAGGGCUCCAGGAUGCCAGCCGGUGAACAGUGGCUAAUUUGGCUAUUCAGCCACUGGUUGGCUGUAUUUUAAACCGUAAAACUCAAAAGGUGUCUACAGAAGGAACCAUGUGGCUACAAGCCUGAGCUUUAAUGCAAUAUACGUCAUCACAGAAAAGUUGGAAAUAACCAAAACUGAAGUCUACAUCUACCUUCAGUUUAGUCUGUGGAUUUGUUCAAAUACUAGAGAUCCUCAGGUCCAGAAUUCCAGCAUCAUUUAUUCUUUUAAAAUAAAUUUUUAAGAACUUGAUCCAUUUUAUCAGUACCUCAGUCAGAGCUGGCAAAUGAUGGAUGAGUGAUUCAAGCAGUGUGCCCUUUGGAAGCAGAAAUCCAUCUGAAAUAUGCUGACUAUAUCCUGGAAGCAUUUUUAUACCAUCUUGCAAUUUCAACAAAUGCUUUUGCCACUUUAUCCAGCUGUCUUUCAAGAAUAAAAGUUGGGGUUUUCAAGGAUCGCCUCUUCUAUAUUUUAAAUGGAUUAUCAAUAGAAAUGAUUUUUACUAAUCAAGUUAAUCUUGCCCCAUCAAAAGGUAUUCCUAGAAGUGUCGGAGACCUAGGUAACUGAAUUGAAUGGGAGCUAAUGUUCCUUCCAGUUUUCAGGUAUUCGUGUGACACCUUCUCAAGCAGGAGGCAAGUAACCUCACCUCCACAAUCUUAGUAUUUUUUUUUAACUGCAUGCCUACCCUUUAUUUGAGCUGCCUUUUAAUUUAUUGCAUACCCUUUUUAUUAUCUUAUUUUGGUAUUGUUCAAUCUAUACAAUCUUUUUGUAUUUAUUGAGAACUAAUAUACAAAAAGGUCGUUUUCAUGCAUUGUGGCUGAGAGGGAGGGAAAUGUGUAUAUAAAAUUAGGCUUUUUAAAAAAUUAGACUAUCAUUCAGAUAGUGUUAAUCUUAGAUUUUUUUUUAAGUGGAAGAGCCACAAACAUUGGUGCCCUUUUCAGACUAUUUCUCUAGUUUUACCCCCAUAGUAGACUUUUUAAAAAGAUUUUUUUAAAGCUUUUCUUUUUUUAAAAAAAAAUUUCUCCGUUGCAAAGAAUGUUUCCUAAAUUGUAUGGGAGCAAUAGUAUUUUUGAUGUUUUAAUGACAUCUGUAUACUUGUACUGUAUUUUGUACUAUGAGGCAGCUGUUUUCAAUAAUGUCCUGCUGUAUUUACCUAUGUGUUUUGAGUGUGUUUCUUUGCUGCGGAGAACAAAUCCCUAAUUUUAGUAAAGAAACUGAGAAGCUAGCAUUAGGUUUGCAGAAACUGUUUAAGUUUCAUACUCUGAGGCAGCAAUGAAAAUCAUGAUUGCACCUGUGAGUUGAUUGCUUUAACUUUUUCAUUUUCAAACCAUGUACAAUUCUGUACAGACCAACUUGUUUUCUUGCUUCAGUGGUGUUCUGUUGCUCAGCUGCAGUGAGCCAGUUCAGUUUUGCAAAGGUGCAGUACCUCUCCUUUUUAAGGAGUGGUUUUAUUCUUUAUUCUAUUUUUUGGUUGGCUGAAUUGCAGUAACUAGCCUUGUCUUUCUACUCUGUAGAAAUGACAGGGUCUUCACAAUCCUUCACCAGUAGCUACUAAGCUAUAAUUAGCUGAAUAGGAAGAAUGUGGAAGUGGUCUGAGGCAUAUUGAGUAUAGGCCAAGAACACUACCAUAUAUGGCAUCAGCUCUGGUUACCAGAGAAGUUUUCUUAGUCAUUAGACCAUGUAACAGUAAUAUAUCGUAUGUAAAUCAUUAGGUAUCAAUUUGAGAAUCCUCCCAAAAAAGGAGCAAAGAAUGCAUAAGCUAUGUGUUGGAAAAAGUAAUUUAUAUUAAAAUUUUGACCUGCCUGCAUAAAUUUAAGUGUAGAUGUCAUAGUGGUGGGUUUUUAAAGGCUUAACCAAUCUUGAAGGUUUGUGUCUCCUGCAGGGGGUGGUUUGUGGCCUCUUUUCUCACUGCAGGAAGAUUAUGGAAGGGUUUGGAUUAAUUGUAGCAUUUCACUGACCCUCAUUCCAGUCACCAGGGGCAAUAGAAAUAUGCAAAGCACCGAGACUACACUUUGGGUGUGUGGCUUGUUAAACAACAACCCGUACUAAUAGGCCAUCUUUCAGAAUUUGUUUGUAAAUAUUGAUUAUUGAAGGAAAAGAUCUUUGUUAAUUCUGCUAGAAAAUGGCAUUGUACAGGCUGUGGGAAACAACUGAUUUUGUUUUGUGUUGUUUUUCAACCACUACUGUGAGCAGUGAGUUAGGGCUUGUUUUUCAACUUUGGCAAACUUCCCAGCAAGUGACAUGUUCAGAAUAGUCAGAUUCCUGAAGGGAACUAAAGUUCCUUUUCGGAUAAUUGGUAGGAUGUUUGUUUCUCAUACUACUGCAUCACAGUUAAGUGAGAAGUCAAAUUUUGAGAACAGAAUCAAAAGAGCAAAAAGUCUGUGACAAAAUCCUACUGUUUCCUUCUGGUUUUUAUUGUCCCCAUCUGUCAUUCAAGUAGAGCAGCAGUUCCAGUCAAGAAAGAAUGUGCUGCACAACAAAGUAUAAAUCUGUAUGUCACCAAAACUCAGUGAAAAUCAAACCAAAAACCCAGACACCCUGUGUUGCUAUGGGACGCAUGCUGGGGGUGUGCAUGGAGCAGUGACACACACGUGGCUGCUGAUCAGGUCACUGUCCAUAUUAUUUGCUGCAAGCAAUGGAGAGGCUUUGGCACAGGAAGCCAUUAACCUCCUGCUUCCUUUGUUACCUCUCCAUUAUUUUGCAGUAAACUGCAGGUCUUUUAAGAGAUUCAGGCUUCUGUUUUCUCAAAAUAAGUUAUCCUGUCUUACCUGAAAACACAGGGUUGUGGGCAGAAGAGGCUGGUUAUAAUAAUGCCCUCAUAUUGAGUGGCCUGUAAACGGCUGCACACUUCAGGCACCAUAGUUGCCAAGGGUGCUUUGUUAAAUGUGACCUUGACUGGCUUUAUGGUUGGGGGGUGGGGGGUGUAGAAUGUGAUCUACACAAGCUGUUGAAAGGUGACUAUCCAUUUGUGUCCACCUUGGUGGAUGAAAUUAAGGAGAAGCUUGAGUGUAAGCCAUGCACAUAAGUAUUCUUCACUGUAAAUUUGUUUUCAUUUUUAACCGUUUGGUACUUUGUCUAAUUCACAGCUGAUCUCUCAGUAGAUAUUCACUUGAAAAUAGUGUGGCCUUGAUCAGUGAUGGGGAAGAGGGGAGAUGACUUUGCUUGCACAAGAAUGACUCUUGCUAAGAGCUGUUGUGCAGCACUCUCAGUGUGAUGCAUUCGUGAUUGGCCUCCUUUUUGAUUGGGGAAGUUAAUGUUUUUGACCCUGUAGUUGGUUAAUUGAGUUGUCUUCUGUUUUUAGGAAGUAUCAAUUGCUCUGAUAAGUAACAGAGUUGACUGCUAUGAUGUCUGAUCUCAGGUUCUAGAAUAUGUUAAGUGGUGUAAAACCCCACUGUAACUCUUAAAACAAUUUUAAUUUUAAUGCACCCAAAAAGUAACAUGCAUAAGGCCUGUUCAGAGAGCAGAGCCUCAUCUUUUUGCUCCUUUCCCACUUUGUACUUCACUUGAGAAAGUGUCCAGUGAUUUUACAUUGUAUAUUUACAUUUUAACCCUGACAUUUCUCAAUGAUUUAAGCACUUUUUGAACAUGAAAUACAUGGAAUCUGUCUGAUGUGGAUCAUGGUUUCUCAGGCUCCCCUAGAUAAUCUGCAUAUGAAUUCUAACUCUAAUGUUAGAAAGUUUGUAUUAUUGAUCCAGAAUGCAUUUUGCUAGCUCCCAGUUGGUGGGAGAGUAAACAACACUGCAUUCACAGUUAUAAUAAGUGACUUUCCCUUAAGCCUUAAGGUAACUUUUUUUUCUGUCAGCAACAGUAUUGAAGUUACAGUAAAUGAAUGAGAUUGUCAGUUUUCAGGGUUGGUGUUAGAGUACUGUAUAUCAGUUAGCUGUCUUCCUAAAGAGUUACUAUUAUCAUUUAAUAAGCUGAAUAGUGGGUGUUGUGGGUAGGGUUGUGGGUGGCAGGGAUAGAGUUUAUAGAAAAAAAACAAAACAUUUACUCUUAAGAAAAAUACAGACAAAAAAUUAAAAAGUACAUGUCAGUGCUCCAUUUGAAAUUCCAUAUUUAAGGUGGAAAUGGCAAAUUAUAAAUUCACUUUCUCUGUCUUUAAUCUAGAAAAGCAGAGUCACUAGUUUUUAAAUAUUAGCCCCCAGAAAUUUCAAGAGAUAGCCUAUACAAAUGGUGAGUUCUGUCGAUAUAUCUAACUUGGCUAUUUAGUUAAAGUCACUGUCCCUAGCCAUCUGUCUUAAAACUUAGUUUCAUUACUAAUAGAUUUAACAGACUCAUUUAUUUUGAAGUGAUCCAGUUGUCAGGAAAAUUAAAUUUAGAAUAUGAAAAAAUAAAAUUGCACCAUUAAGACUUCCUACUUUGGUUAUUUCCAAUUGAUAACUGUACUCCUAAUCCAAGUAAGUCAUUUUAUGAAUGUAGUUUGUAUUUCCUAAUGAAAUAGGAAAUAUGCCAUCAAUGUGAUCACCUUUAUUCACAAUCUUCUGCAUUUCAUCUAAAUGUCUAACUCAUACCUCUUUGAUUAGACAUCCCAGCUGGAGUAGGUAAAGCCAUCUUAAGACAAGAGCACAUGCCAUGUAGGUAGCUGCACUGCUUAGCAGGGCUUUGGGUAAUGUGAGGGCAGAGCUGUAUUUGAGGCAGAAAUGUUGCCUUUUUUUCCCUAAGUGAUUCUAAUAGGAGAUUGUGAAUCUAUGAGACAAUUUCAUUUUCUCUAUAUUAAAUGUAAAAUAUCCAUUGACAUGUGUAAGAGAGGCCUGAAUAUAUCUUCAGUACAGUGAAUUGUAGCCAGGAGUCUCAGAGAGGAAGCAGUGGACCCGUUCAAGUUCAUUGCCCACUAGCAUGUUGCAGAACAUGGAGUUUGUCUUUCUUCCUACCUUCAGUGACUUCAACAGCCGACUCAAGAAGAUUGAUUUAGACUGACUCUCUCUUCCUGAAGGCAUACAUUCACCUCCAGUCCUAUUCUUCGUUGGAAGAUCAGGCUGGUGCAAAAUAUCUUUGUAUUUGGAAAUAGAAUGGCAAGUAGUGUACUUCUUCCCUUUUUAAAUUCCCUUCCAGGGACUUACAACUGCAGGGAGAAUUGUAUCACUAAGCUGGAUUGUGUGUAGGAAUUUGAGAGUGUCACUGUAAACCAUUCAGCUAGGAAGUAUAAACCCUUUUUUCACAGCCCACAUGCCACCUCUGUAUACACAAGCUGCCUGCAUUCCUAGAAGUUAAUAGAUUGGGCAAAAGUCCAGAUGCAGUUUAAAUCAGUACAGGGCAUACUUAAAAAGUCAACAUACAGUUCAGUAUGUUAUGAUAGCAGUCAAGCAUAAUUGAGGCUUUUCCAUGAUUGUCAAUGUUUGAAUAAUAGAUGAUCAGUGUAUUUGGACUUCUUUUUCCUAAAUUUAUAGGACAGUUAGUAAGGAUUUAUUCUUCCUUUUGCACCUUUAUGUAGAUGUUUUUCCAAGUUCAUCUGUUUUCUAAUAAUUCCAGAUAAUGUACUUUCCACCUAGAGGAACUUCCCUGCUGUCAUAUCUACUGGGGCCUCCUUAGAUUAGACUCUUCACUUCAAAGUCAGGGCUGAUGUCCUGUCAGUAGAGAAUUUACAGAAGCAAAUUAAAGCCAAAUCAUGAUAGCAGGAGACAAAUCUCCUUGAUCUAGAUGUACAACUAGAGUUUAGGUUGGAAGUUACUUUAAACCAUGUACAACUAGAGUUUAGGUUAGAAGUUACUUUCUUUGGGGAUGUCUUCAGUCUCUGUGUAAAUAUCCACAUGCUUGUGCAUGUAAACCAAGUAUGUGUUCCUAUGUACGAAUUUGUAGGACUGAAUUUCAAGAGAAGCUGCAUCUUUAAUUUUAUAAGGUCCCCUCCACCUGUAACCCUAUAAAUAUUUGUAAAUAGGACAAUAAAAUUUGUAGUGAAAGGGAUCAAUUUGGGAAUAUCUGCUGAGAGACCAAAAAGUUCAUUUUUUUAAGUACCUUGGUUAAAGAGUAGACUGUUCCUCUUAUUUUUAAAAGAAGAAUGCACUUUAACAAACAGCUUCAUGGGUAAUUCAAAUAGACCCGUGAAGUGCAGUGCCCAUUCAGAAAUCACACUUCCUGGAAAUGUUCAAGCAGACUCUACACGGGCUGUUGAUGUCACUGUCCUGAGGUUGAAGCUCAGAUGCUGGUCAAUUUCAAGACAAGCAAGGCUGCUUCAAAGGAGCCAUGUGAACAGAGCCAGAGGCUUCAGACUGGUCUGUGAAGUGGCAGGUUCCAUAUUUACCACUAAUGAGCAAACUGACAGAAAAAAAGCAUAGAAAAAGGUUGAAGAAUCCUUACUGCUGGUGUGCACUCCUUACAAUAAGACUUUUGCAAAUGGAGUUUUACAGUCUAUAUUUAAAAAAAUUGUAUGUUUGUAACAAAUAAAGUAUGCAAAAAAAAUGAAUGA